UUUGUUUUUUGUUCACUCAGGGUGUGGGUGGGCUUAGUCCAAAAAUGGAGUCAGCCGACACCUACCUUUUAUUAUUAUUUUUAAACCCAACACAUUAUCAGUACUUCAUGCCAGACACCAUUCUAGGAAAUUGACUGAUCUGACUCAUCAAUCCCAUGGGGUAGCUGUCAUUUACAGAUGCUGAGGCAGAGGUAAAGCAACUUUUCCUGAGGUCACUCUGCUGUUAAGUGAUACAGCUGGCAUCUAGUGCAGCAGGCUGGUUCCAAGCCUACGCCCCUCACCCUUCAGAUGCUGCUCACCAAGUGGAGGGGCUGUGGGAGCAAGUUAGAACUUGAGACAGCCCCUGCAGCAGAGGAGGCUGUUUUGUCGAAAUACCCGGGAAGGCGGGGCAGCACCUCCCUCUUAACCAGCAUCUGAGCUUUGGGGGGAAACCUGCAGCUCCCUGAAUGCCACCCACAGAGCCCCCCUCGGUCAGCCUCCCCUCAGGCAUCAAGGCUGGGGGGGCAGCAGUCAGCCGUCCAUCUCCCCCGCUUCUCACAGAGGAAAUGCUGUGUGGUGCCCGCAGUGAAUCAGGGCUGAGGACCAGGACAGAAGUUGGGUGGGGCAGCUCAGCAUUCCUCCAAUGGGCAGGUCUCAGUGCUCCUCCCCCUGCUGUCCUCCUCUGCAGGGCCCUUAGCCUUUGGGACACAUCUCUCACUGCCAUGGAGUUUGACCUGGGAGCAGCCCUGGAGCCCACCUCCCAGAAGCCUGGUGUGGGCGUGGGCCAUGGGGGAGACCCCAAGCUCAAUCCCCACAAAGUUCAGGGCCCGUCGGAGGCAGGGGGAGAUCUGAGUUCAAAGCAAGGCCGCCACAGCUCUUCGGACUCCAGCAGCAGCUCCAGCAACUCGGACACAGAUGUGAAGCCCCAAGCUGCUGGCUCCAAGCGGCAGGAGAACAUGCCGGGCAAGGCCAAGAAGCUCAAAGUGAAGAAGAAGAAGGGCAAGAAGGAGGGGGCUCCCCACUGAAGGGGCCUGGGCGGGGCUCAUUAAACCUUCUUCUCUGCCUUC